ACGUCGGAACGUGCAGGCGAUUUAGUUGUAACGGUUUUCCCGGGUUUUUACCGGGUGUCGCGGAUAGAGGCAGUGUUGAGUUACAGACCACAGCAGAGACACGGCACAGUAUUUCUCUCACACACAGAGAAAUACAGCGAGAGAGAGAGAGGGCGAGAGAAGAGACGGGAAGGGCUCCUGGCAGGGGCUCGUAGAGACCCCCAGAUCCACAUGCAAGUUCAUAUCCCACCCUACCGAUCGAUAUGUGAUCAAUCUCAUCAAUCCCGUCGGCCGAAUGACGCCAGAUGCUUCGUACAUCGUUGACACAGGAAAAGAAAACCUUCCCGCCGGCGACGGAGGAUCUGCUUUUUCCUCUUGUUUUUUUAUAUAUACUCUUAAUCGGUUGGAUAUAUCAUUCGUAAGGAUAUCACAUAGAGCGGGUUUUAGGGUGUAAGAUGGGGUGUUUUGGUAACGGUAAAACCGAAGACCAGCGCAUCGACGAGAAAACACAACGAGACACCAACAAGGAAAUAGAUAAACAGUUGCAAAAGGAGAGACAGGCUUAUAAAGCCACACAUCGACUGUUGUUAUUGGGGGCUGGUGAAUCGGGUAAAAGCACUAUUGUGAAGCAGAUGAGAAUUCUUCACGUCAACGGGUUUAACGCAGAAGAAAAGAAACAGAAAAUUCAAGACAUUCGUAAAAAUGUGAAGGAUGCCAUCGUGACCAUAGUGUCGGCAAUGAGCACUUUAAUACCACCCGUUCCGCUUGCUAAUCCGGAGGACCAGUUUAGGAUCGACUAUAUCAAAAGCAUAGCUCCACUUUCUGAUUUCGAUUACACGCAGGAGUUUUUUGACCACGCAAAGAAACUCUGGGACGACGAAGGAGUGAAGGCGUGUUACGAGCGCUCCAAUGAGUACCAACUAAUCGACUGUGCGCAUUAUUUUCUUGAUCGGAUCGACGCAGUGAGACAAAGCGACUACACUCCAACAGAUCAGGACUUGCUUCGCUGCAGAGUUUUAACAUCAGGGAUUUUUGAGACGCGAUUUCAAGUAGACAAAGUCAACUUUCACAUGUUUGAUGUAGGUGGUCAGAGAGACGAAAGAAGAAAAUGGAUUCAAUGUUUUAAUGACGUCACAGCGAUCAUCUUUGUGGUUGCGAGCAGCAGCUAUAACAUGGUCAUUCGGGAAGACAACAACACAAACAGGCUACGGGAGGCACUCGAUCUUUUCCGCAGUAUCUGGAACAACAGAUGGUUACGGACGAUUUCUGUCAUAUUGUUUCUCAACAAGCAGGACAUGCUGGCAGAGAAAGUAUUAGCUGGAAAAUCCAAAAUUGAAGAUUAUUUCCCUGAUUAUGCCCGAUAUACCAUACCAGAUAAAGUAAGUCCUGAACCAGGAGAGGACCCGAAAGUGACAAGAGCCAAGUUUUUUAUCCGCGAUGAGUUUCUGAGGAUCAGUACAGAGAGCGGAGAGGGCCGUCACUACUGUUACCCCCAUUUCACGUGUGCGGUGGACACAGAAAACAUCAGACGGGUGUUCAACGACUGCAGAGAUAUCAUCCAGAGGAUGCACCUGCGACAGUACGAACUCUUGUGAUCUCCUCGCCGGGACCCUCGUGCUCUUUACGAACGUGUCAGCGAACUCCCCUGCCCCGUCUACACCGAAACAAGGCCAAAACCGCAGACGACGAAUACUACUGACGUUUAUACGACCACCUUUCUGUCCUCGAGUUGCUUUUCUGUUUUUAAAUGGUUAUUUGGUUCGGUCGGGUGUAGGACGGGAUUUCUUAGCCCGUGAAUCUUUUAUUUGGAUCGCCUUUAUUUUCGCCAUUCCACGAAGCCUCUGGCUACCUCCUUAUGUUUUGUUAAACGUUAAAAAUUAUAAAGUUGUGUGUAUAUACGUGCCGCCUGUCGGUUUAUGAAGAUCACCUUGUGACCUCCGGGAGCCCUAGUUUUACACCCUGAACCUUGACGUUCUGACCUUCAGGGCUCUCUGCUGCUUUCCGUGUCCAAACACUGAAGAGCGCCCGCGGACAGAAACAGGGCAGGGUGGGGGGGGGCAGAGGGUUGUCAAACACUGGGAAAAGGAGAAAACGACCACGCACUCUUCUUUCACGAGAUGGACACAAUGUAGCAUCACACCAUGAUUUUCUCUGUCCCGCUCGAGGAUGCCGAAGGGGUCGGAGGGUGCGUCCUCAUUAACGGGAAGGGGCGGAGCUUUCACAGCGGCUCUGGGAAGACGAUUAUCAGAGCUCGUUCAUGGAGAUCCCCAUUUCUUAUUUUAGUUUCUUAACUUGUACAGACUGUGCAAGGGUGAUUUGUUUUCUUUUCCUGUACAGACUAUAAAAUGUUAUAUUAUUUUGUACAACUUUAUUGAAAGAGAGUAAAAAAUCUACUUGUAGAUCUUUGUGCCUUGAUUAUGGCUGUACCUGUAAAUGAAGCUGAGAUAUGUUUUUGACUGCGCUGUACAGCUUGAUGUCACCCCGUCGGCAGAAGGGACUGUGGAUGGGAACCUAAUCUGUAGGGUUUCGUUUCUUUCUGUUCGGUUAUUUGUUUAUCUGCUUUGUUUAUAUAAAAGAGUAAAAAAUCUUUAAAAAAAAAAAACAUGAUAAAUAUAGGAACAAAAAUCUUAAACCUGUAUACAUUAUGCAAAUUGAAAAAUAUUGAUCCUCCUCUUACCUGCGGUUAUGAUCGGAUAAAACAGCACCAUGCCUUUCUUUCUAUUUUUCCUUUGUUUUACGUUUCAUUUUAAUUCUCAGCUUUAAAAACGAAAACUGAAAAGUGUCCAAAAUCACAACCUGGUGUUGUUUUCAGAGGAAACUUUUUUUUGGAUAUGAAGUAUGUCUGCGAUAUAUAUUCACAUUUGUGUCUGUGUGUAUGUGCGCGCGAGUACAAGAGAGAAAUAUUGAGCCACAGACGCAUGACGUGUGUGUGUGUGUGUGCGCGUGUGUGUGCAAGAGUGCAUUGUGUGCACCCUUUUAUAAAUGUGCGUACAUGUAAAUUUAUAGGUCUAUAUAAAUAUAUAUGUACAAUUCUACAUGUUUAAUUAUGUGUGUGUUGGUGUAUACAUACCUUUGUAUGUAUACAGUGAAGAUGUGUACUUACACACAUAGGUAAGCAUGUCUAGGGUGAAAUGAAUAAAUGAGAGUGCAAUAUUGAAAGCAA